GAAUCUUCCAAAUCCUUUUUGGUCUCUUGCUUUGGGAGAAGCUGGCCGGACGAAGACAUCAAUCUUUUUAAUACAACAAACGAAAAGUCUCAAGAUUUUGGAGUCUCGGAACAGACUUGCCAUUUCACUCUACAAACAAGGCCUAGAUCUGAUUCGAAAAUGCCCCUUUCUGGCCGAAACUCGGUAUCCUGGCUGUGCGUGAAGUGAGCUCGUUUAGUUUUAGAUCUUCAAAUUCAAUGCAGCUUUGACUUUGGCUGAGUCUUUCUACUUCAGAUUUAUUAGUUUCACUCACAAGUUAGACCUAUAAUGGUUUUCUGGGAAGGAUAUGUGAGCGAUGAAGUGAUGGGCACCUUUGCACCUAUUGUGCUUUAUUGGGUAUAUGGUGGAUUUUAUCAGUUGCUACCACCUCUUGACAAUUAUCGGUUGCAUACUAAAAGAGAAGAGGAAGAGAAGAAUUUGGUGCCACUCUCAGAUGUAGUGAAGGGUGUUUUGCUUCAGCAGCUUGUCCAGGCAGCUGUUGCCCUUUUCUUGUUGACCUUAAAAGCAAAUGGAUCUGGGGUUAUAGUGCAGCCUUCCCUUCUCAUUCAAGUUGUGCAGAUCAUUAUAGCAAUGUUUGUUAUGGAUACAUGGCAGUACUUUGUGCACCGAUACAUGCAUCAGAACAAAUUUUUAUACCGUCACGUUCACUCCCAACAUCACAGGCUGAUUGUUCCUUAUGCAAUAGGAGCCCUGUACAACCAUCCUCUUGAGGGUCUUCUUCUUGACACUUUUGGCGGGGCAAUCUCAUAUCUUGUCUCGGGGAUGACUGCAAGAACAGCUGUUGUAUUCUUCUGCUUCUCAGUCGUCAAAACUGUCGACGAUCACUGUGGACUCUGGUUGCCUGGCAAUAUCUUACAUUUGUUUUUCGAGAACAACACAGCUUAUCACGACAUUCAUCAUCAACUACAAGGGUUGAAAUAUAAUUAUUCUCAACCAUUCUUUCCCGUAUGGGAUAAACUUCUUGGGACAUUCAUGCCAUACAGUCUUGUAAAGCGACCUGAAGGGGGGUUUGAGGCAAGGGCAGCAAAGGACUAGUUAGACUGUAAAAAAAAGUUACUCUUGUGGGGAAUUGUUCACACUCUCGCUUCUAAUGGGUUCUAUUUUAUUAGAGCAG